AUUUCUCGUAAAGCGACCCACCCAGCAGCAGUGUCACAGUAGUACGCUGUGCUCUCGUAUACGGCGGAAGAUCGAGGCGAGCAGGAAUCGUUACGAGAGGAAUCCAAACGAACAUCGUGCAGGAGUUUUACAAAGGUCAGCCAAGGAAGAAAGAUGAAGGGGAUGCUGGUGCCCGCACUGCUGGGCGUCUUGAUGGUCUGCCGGGUCCAGGCGGUGUCGGAGAGGCUCGAGUUGGCACCAGCUGGAGGAAGAUCAGAGCCGCAAGUUGCCACAUUGUGCGAGACCGGCGCAGUGUACUUGGCGCAGCAUAUGGGGGAACAAGGCCGCUGGGUCUCAUCGGCCGACAGGAAGAGCUGCAUGACGGACAAGAUGGAUAUUCUCGAAUACUGUAAGAAGGCUUACCCAAAAAGAGACAUCACCAACAUCGUAGAGUCAUCGCACUACGUGAGGGUUAGCGGAUGGUGCAAGCCAGGAAGAACUAAAUGCAAAUUGUCGCGUUGGGUCAAGCCGUACAGAUGUCUCGAAGAAGAAUAUCAGCAAGUUUUAUAUUAA